ACACACACACACACACACACACACACACCUUCCAAACAACUAGACGUCUCAAACUCAUAGCAUCCAGCAGCCAGAUUCAGCUGCAGGAGGGGGCCCACACAGGCACUGCGAGCAACCAGCGUCCACGAGCUCCUCCGUGCUCGAGCCGUUCCUCCGUGCGCGCGCUCAGAGACAAGCUUCAGAGAGCUUCAGAGAGCAGACGAGAGGCAGCGGGGGAGAGAGAAAGAUGGAGGUGAGGGUCGGGGAAAGACUCCUGUGCCUAGCUGUGUUGUCCAGCGUCUUCUUCGUGGAUUCAGUCUUCGGGAAAUACGUAAAAGGCAUCGUCAACACGAAAGAGGACUGGGUUUUCCUCACUCGAUUCUGCUUUCUCACCGACUUUGGUCGUUUGGACUUCCGGUUCCGCUACCCAAAGUCUCGCUGCUGUCAGAACAUAUUGCUCUACUUUGAUGACAGCUCUCAGUGGCCAGCUGUGUACAAGAGGCCUGAAAAGAACUGCUACCAGAAGGAAGCAGUACUGAGGCCAGAGAACAACCAGGUCAUCAACCUCACAACACGCUACACCUGGUCAGGCUGUGUGGUGGAGGGAGACGGGAACGAGGAGGUUCUGAGCUGCGUGGGCGGUCGUAGUUUCCGCUCGGUCAGGGAGAGAUGGUGGUACAUCGCUCUCAGCAAGUGUGGGGGCGAUGGCUUGCGGCUGGAGUACGAGAUGAAACUGACCAAUGGCCAGUCUUUCUGGACGCAGCAUUUCUCUGCAGAUGAGUUCGGUAUCUUGGAGACGGACAUCACGUUCCUGGUCAUCUUCUCCAUGGUGUUCCUCCUCUCGUGCUACUUUGCAUACAAUCUGAAGGGAAGACAGCUUCUUCACACAACCUACAAAAUGUUUAUGACUGCGGCAGGUGUGGAGGUGUUCAGCCUGUUGUUCCAUUGUGUCUACUGGGGCCUGUAUGCAAGAGACGGAGUGGGAAACGGCAGCCUGAAAAUACUGGGGAAAUUACUGUUCUCCGUCAGUUUCUUGGUGUUCCUCCUCAUGCUCAUAUUGUUGGGCAAAGGUUUCACUGUCACCAGGGCGAGGAUCAGUCACAGCGGGUCGGUUAAGUUGAGCAUCUACAUGACGGUCUACACAAUCACCUACGUUAUCCUGUUCAUCUACGAGGCAGAGUUCUUUGACCCUGGCGAGGUCCUCUACGCGUACGACAGCCCUGCAGGCUACGGACUGAUGGGCCUGCAGCUGUUAGCCUACGUGUGGUUCUGCUACGCCGUGCUGGUCUCCCUGAAACACUACCCUGAGAAACAGCCCUUUUACAUCCCGUUCUUCACCACGUACACGCUAUGGUUUUUCGCAGUGCCUGUGAUGGCUCUGAUCGCCAACUUUGGGAUUCCUCGCUGGGCCCGCGAGAAGAUUGUCAACGGCAUUCAGCUCGGCAUUCACCUCUACGCUCACAUCGUCUUCCUCAUUAUCACACGACCUUCAGCAGCCAAUAAGAACUUCCCGUAUCAUGUCCGGACGUCCCAGAUUGGGAUACUACUGUCCAGUCCGAAAGGAGGCGAGGGGACGGAGAGCUUCCCCCAUCACGCCUAUGGAAACAGCUCCUUCCUGGGAGACUCUCAACCCAACUUCACUGAACUGUUCUCCAUUCAAUCAGACCCAGUAAAGACGGUGGAGGAGACGGUGGCCCGUAAAGGACCUGAGGUACCGAGGAACAGCGAGCAGAAGAUUAUCACCACAGCAGCAGACCUGACGUCGAUACUGCCCCCACCUCCACCUCCGAUACCCCCACGCCUGGCCACACGCUCGCCACCCCUACCACCCCGUCUCCCUUCCUUUACAGAGUAUUUCAGCAUGCAGAGCGGCGGAGGAGGAGGAGGGGGAGGAGGGGGGUUUGGAACAAAGGCAUGAGACUGAGACAGAGAGUUGGGAUGGCACGACGAGAACAGACUGGAUGAAUGCCAUUAAAAGUAAAGUAAACGUCAGAGUGGAAAUCAAGGUUUUUCUGUUUAAGACAAAAGAGACGGCCAAAAAAAAAAAGUUUGGAUGGAAGACAAAGAGAAAUCAUCAGAAAAGUGAUUCUCUAAAUGGUCCCUUUUCAACCUGUGAAUGAAAAUAACCCUGAAGGAUGUCAGCGGAGAUGGAAAUGUCUGUAAGAUAGGAGUGCUGAGCUUGUUAAAUAGUAAAGAAGCAAUAAAUAUUUAAUAUUGACCAGUAAAAGGCACACAGGGAGAAAGACGACAAAGUGGAUGUAGCCAGAGCAAUAGAAUGAUAUCUGUGCACGGUGCGGAAACGAACAAAAUCCUUGAAAUGCUGUUAUUCAAACAUUCAUGAGGCAUUGAUGGUAUGCCUGGAAGAGUUUGUAAAUAGCUUAAACAGGAGCUUCUACUCUAUAUAGUUUUAUUUUAAAAAAAGAAGGAAAAAAAAGGAAACCUUUUUCAUGAUUUUUUCCCCACAUUAUUAAAUUCCAGUCGGUGCUGUGAACAUCAGAAGAAUCUCAUGCCAUUAUGUUUAUGUAAAAAAAAAAAAACAUUUUUGGAAAUGUUUGACACAUUUUGAUAAACCAUAGAUAUUUACUCUCAAUGGAGUUUGUUGGAUGAAUUCAUACUCUUCUAUUUCUACUUCAUUGCAGCUGGUUAUUCUGGAUUGAUAUGCUGAUGUGUAAAUGUAAAAUGUCACGUUUACUGUGGGCACUCGUAAAACACGCAUGUUUGUAUUGUAUAUCUCGUCCAACAAACUGAUCUAUGUACUCCAUGUGACCAUUCAAUAUUGGCUUAUUGUGUCUAUUGAAAUCUAUACCUUUGUAUGUACAUACAAAAGGCUUCAGUCGAUUUUUCAAUUGGACAAAUUCCAUUUAAAACCUUGUCGAGCUGUCAAAGUCAAUCUUAAACCAGUAUUAUAUGAUAUUGGUUUUGGUUGAAUUUUUACCAGAGUCCAGAAUAUGCCUGCUUUAAAAUGUCAUUUCUGUGUAUGUAGACGUUGGUGAAUGUAUUGAUGCAAUACAGCACAAGGACAGGGGUGAUUUUCAAGUUACUGGAACACUACAAUAUAACACUGAAUAUUUGUCCUUUCUCUUUUAGGGCUCUCAACUGCAACACAUCCAUGAUAUAAGAGCAGGAGGCUGCAUUUCUGAAAAUACUACUAACUUUAUCCUCACCCCUGUCUACUACCUGAAACCUGA